AUGAGUAGCUGGGAAGGCAAAACGGACCCCGCGUCGUUUUUCAAACCGACGCUUCUCUGGGAAGACUGCACACCACACCCCAGCCGCUUCGAACUUCACACACACACACACACACACACCAGACGCCACUACCGUCCGCCGGAAAGGGGAAAGGGUAAAAGGAGAGGCGCCGCUGCCCGGUGGAGAGGGUGCCGGCGAUUGCCGUGGAGGGUGAGGACCGGGAGCAGGAGGGUGAGGUGGCUGAACCACUACUCCUCGGCGCAGAGCAUCCUGGUGGUCGGAGACGGGGAGUUCUCCUUCUCGCUGGCGCUCGCCACCGCCUUUGGCUCCGGCGAGAACAUCGUCGCCACGUCCCUCGACUCCUACGAGGCUCUGACUGAGAAGUAUGAUGAUGCAAAAUCAAAUGUAAGGAAGUUGAAGAAAAUGGGGGCCAAAGUUUUGCACGGUAUCAGUGCGAAAAGCAUGAAGCACCAUUCUUAUCUGGAGACAAGGCAGUUCCAACGGAUUAUCUUUAAUUUUCCUCAUGCUGGGUUCAUAGAAGAUGAGUCUGAGCCAUGUAUGAUAAAUUCUUUUAUCUACCCUCUGCCAUCGGAAGACAGACAUUUGAAUCACAGCAUGAAAUUGUGUUGUUGCAUAGGAAGCUGGUGAGGGGGUUCUUUCGUAAUGCGCGACGCCUGCUUCAUCCUGAUGGUGAAAUUCACGUCACGCACAAGACAGGAUAUCCUUAGGACAUGUGGAAUAUCGAGCAGCUAGCCUUGGAGCGUUCUCUUACCAUGGUUGAUGAACUUCAUUUCCGAAAACAAGACUACCCUGGCUAUAACCCUAAGAGAGGAGAUGGCCGCAGGUGUGAUAGACCUUUCCGUCUUGGUGACUGCAGCACUUUCAUUUUCUGCAAGAAAAGUAAAGGAGCUUAUCCCAAGCUACAGUUCGAUAAGUUGAGGCUUUGAGCCUUUGACAUGCUCUGCCUGCUCUCUUGUUGCAUUCUCGAGCCAGCAAAAUGAACUUGUAGUGUUCAAGAUAUUUUGAUGAAUUAGUGCUAGUAAUGUUUUGAUGAAUUGGCGCUCGCAUUUUGACAAAACCAGCAAAAGGAAGAGAAGGUCAGGCGCAGCUUGGCAUGACAUGAUUGUAAUGUUGACGAGCACUUGCGUCAUUUGCAUGGGCAUGGCGCGCACUUAGACGAGGCAUUCCUUCGCUGUCUAUCGAACUUUCCUGUGUAAUAAUGACUAGACGUCCUUACACAGUUUGAACAACUUUGUAUUGCUUUAAUAUGUAAUGAUGAAUUAUUGCAAGCACUUCUCUCCCUUUGA